ACGUUCGUUUGUCCCACUGAGAUUAUUGCCUUCUCGGAUCGUGUGGCAGAAUUCAAGAAGCUCGACGUGGCAGUUUUGGCGUGCUCUACCGACUCGCACUUCAGCCAUCUGGCAUGGAUAAACACGCCUCGGAAGGAGGGCGGCCUGGGCCAGAUGAAUAUCCCUAUCCUUGCUGAUACAAACCAUGCAAUUAGCAAGGCAUACGGUGUGCUCAAAGAAGACGACGGGAUCGCCUAUCGUGGGUUGUUCAUCAUUGAUCCGAAAGGCAUUCUGCGACAGAUCACAAUAAACGAUCUUCCUGUGGGACGAUCUGUGGAUGAGACACUGCGCCUCCUUCAAGCGUUCCAGUACGUCGACAAACAUGGCGAAAAAAAUGGGUUGGACAUGGCCAGAACAAGCUUGAGAACUCUGCCUUUAAUCCCUCUGAGGUCCAUACAGAAAACUGAGUCCACGGCACACAGUGAACCACCAUUCAGGAAACUGCGAAUUACCGGCUCACCACUGGGUGCAACAAUUAAUUGCCUGUAAGC